GGCGCCGAUGUGGACGAGUCACGCAUUUCGGCUUGUGAAAAACUGAUUACUUAGACCCAUAUCGCAAUAAUGAUGACACUUAGGAGUAAACUGUAACAUAGAUCGUUAAACUAGUAGAAUCUCCAUCAUGAGUCAGAGACGGUGGGAGUUGCCUCCUCGAUGGCUCCACUGCCCACGGAAGGGUCAGCCUGUUGCAGGCAAGUUUCUCCCAUUCAAGACACCACUGGACUCAAAGUAUGAUGAUCAAAUCCCUGAUGAAAAUAUUUUCAACAUCCAGAUGCUCUUCCUUUCUCUCAAAACUUUCAAGACCAAGAUGGGCCUGCUGAUCGACCUGACCAACACAACCAGGUUCUAUGACAAUAAGGAAGUUGACGGCCAGGACUGUAAAUAUCUCAAGCUACAAUGUAAAGGUCGAUCUGAGACUCCCACUGUGGAGCAAACACAAGCUUUUCUUGAAGUGUGUCACAGAUUUUUAACACAGAAACCUCUGGAAAUUAUUGGCGUCCACUGUACUCAUGGCUUCAACAGGACUGGCUUCAUGAUGGUGGCUUAUCUGGUGGAGAAGAUGUCCUGGAGUGUAGAGGCAGCUGUUCGAGCUUUUGCACAGGCACGGCCCCCUGGCAUCUACAAGCAAGACUACUUGAAUGAGCUGUUUGAGCGGUACGGAGACAAGGAGGACACGCCCCCUGCCCCACCCCUCCCUGACUGGUGUUUAGAAUAUGACGACAGUGUUGAUGAUGAUGGGAAUAGUAUGAACAAUCAGUCAGAAGCCUCUAAACAGAAUGGUUCCAGCAAACGGAAACGGGAAUUCAACAAAAAGGAUGCCAAGUUCAUGGAGGGUGUGUCGGGGGUGUUACAAGUGUCGGUGCAGCCCCGGCUGUCACAGAUCCAGCAGUGUGUCCAGAGGAUGUGUGACUGGUCCGGUAAUGGCUUCCCUGGAUCCCAGCCCGUGUCAAUGGACAUCAACAACCUCGACUUCCUCAGGAAGAAACCGUAUAAGGUCAGCUGGAAGGCAGACGGAACAAGGUACAUGAUGUUCAUUGAUGGUAUGGAUGAAGUGUUUAUGGUGGAUCGAGACAACGCAGUGUUUCAUGUGCCUCACUUACAGUUCCCCAAGAGAAAGGAUCUUAACUCACACUUAAGGGAAACGUUACUAGACGGGGAGAUGAUUCUAGACAAGGUAGAGGACAAAACGGUACCACGAUAUCUUGUAUAUGAUAUCAUUAAAUUUGAGGGUCAAGAUGUUGGGAAGACAGAUUUUGACCGGCGAUUGUUAUGCAUACAGAAGGAAAUAAUUGGCCCACGAUAUGCAAAGAUACAACAGGGCAUGCUGGACAAGACUAAAGAGCCAUUUAGUGUGAGAGCCAAGCCCUUUUGGGAUGUCACCAUGUGUGCGAAGCUCCUGGAUGGGAAGUUUACCAAGGAAGUGAGCCAUGAGGUGGAUGGUUUGGUGUUCCAACCUGGAUCUGAUCCUUACAAUCCAGGGAGAUGUCAUGAUGUUCUCAAGUGGAAACCCCCAAGCAUGAAUUCUGUUGAUUUUAGGUUGAAAAUAGUCAAAGAGAACAGACCAGGAAUGUUGCCAGAAACUAAAGGCUACCUGUACGUGGGCAGCUUAGAUCAGCCAUUCUCAGCCAUGAAGCUGAACAAAGAACUGAAAAGUUUAGACAACAAAAUCAUAGAGUGUUCCUGGGAUGGAAGAGAGUGGAAGUUCAUGCGGCAGAGGACAGACAAGUCUUUCCCUAACGCAUACAGCACAGCCAUGGGUGUCUGUGAAAGUAUUCGUAAGCCCGUGACAAAAGACAUCCUGAUGCACACAAUAGAAAGAGAGAGGUGGACACCCCCAGGGUCAAACCGCUCCGAGUUCGGCCACUCCUCAGACAGAGACUUGAUGCCCCCUCCUGCCAAGAUGCCCAGACACUGAUAGUGACUGUGUUUCCUAUCCAGAUUGAUGGACGUGUGUUGACCGUGUCAUUUAGAAGCAGUGAUUGUAAACCGGUGAAUCACUUCAGUGGAGUGUGACCGUCACAACAGGUGAUGGUGGGAGUUUGGGCCAUGCUGACAUAUCCCGCAGCAACCACAGCUUGUGCAGUCCCGUUCAGUGAUGACAUCCCCAACAACAAGGACAUGGUAGUGACUGGAGGACCAGCAGAAUGGGAAAAUAGCAGCAGUGUGUCGACCGAGUCGUCUAGGCUCUUGAUACUCACAAUGGCCACAUUAGGGGUAAUUCAGGCCGUCAUCAGUCAGGAAACUUCAGGGAAACUUCAGGCCUGUAAUAAUACACUAAGUCAUCUAGGCUCCAUUACUGACAAAAAGGGUUAAUCCGACAGUCAUCAGUAGGGAACUACUGGGAUCCCUAUAGGCCUGUAGUAAUACACUAAGUCAUCUAGGCUCCGUUACUGACGAUCAUGACGAUAAGACUUAGACAAACAGUCAUCAGUAUUGAGAACUAGUUUGGUUUCCUUUCGGCCUGUAAUGAUUCACUAAGGCAUCUAGGCUCCAUUACUGACAAUAAGGGUUAAUCUGACAGUCAUCAGUGGGGGGAUAGAUUCCCUCCAAACCUGCACUGAUCCACUAAGUCAUGAUGAAUGAUACAUCCCUUGAUACUCAGGCCAUGAUCAUGACUUACAAUUGAGUUAAAUCGUAACAGUGCUGAUGGAGACUAACUUUUUGGAGGAAGUUGAACUGAAGUGUUGGUGUUGUCGAAUCAUCCAUGACAUCGAAACAUAAAUGAUGAACAUUAUGCUAGGAAUCUAAUGGAGAGAAAGAGACAGCUGUUUUCAGUGGUAGACAUAGUGACACUUCAUGGCCCGUUUUCCCAAUGGUUUUCUGUGAAUGUUGAUGCCUCUCAUUACAAGGGUUGUUAUUACAACUGGCCAACAUGUUGCAAAAGGAUGCAGUUGUACAUCAAGCAGUCAUUACAACAGCUCUAGUUCCUUGACCAUGGACUUUUCUUAUGUUGUUUAUAUGCUUGAAUAUUGCGUGCGAGUCCAAGCCACUGAUUAGUUUGCUGCACUUACCUCUCUACCUUCACCAUCCAAUGUCAUUAAAAUCAGAGCUUAGUUCACGUUACCGCUCAACACAGAUCUGAGGACAUCCCAUUACGGCUCACAUCAGAACAACUUUUAAUCCGUCACAUCAGAGCAUCGUUUACUUGAUCUGGACAGUUACAGUGGGCAUGUGUUUUCUUAUCAUUCAACCUCGAAAAGGUUAUCACGAGGUAUUCAGAACACACGAGAUAUUCAGAACACACGAGGUAUUCAGAACACACGAGAUAUUCAGAACACACGAGGUUUUCAGAACACACGAGGUAUUCAGAACACACGAGAUAUUCAGAACACACGAGAUAUUCAGAACACACGAGGUAUUCAGAACACACGAGGUAUUCAGAACACACGAGGUAUUCAGAACACACGAGGUAUUCAGAACACACAAGAUAUAUAGAACACACGAGGUAUUCAGAACACACGAGGUAUUCAGAACAACAGUUACAGCCUGUACAACUAAUUCCGUCAAUAGCAUUGUCCAUCUCUCGCUUCAAAGAGAUAAACAUUUGAAAUGGAAAAGACUUUCCAUAGCCCAUGGGAAGUACUGCCAUACAAUCUCAGCCAUCUGUUAGACAUUUGAGAAUUUUCUUGUGUUCAGUUUUCAAAUUUGGAAUCGAUAGUCUGGAAUGGACAGUUUGAAAGUAGUUUCAGAAAGGUGCUUUCUGAUUGGUUUAUGUCGAUUUGUUGGUAGUCAUUUUAUUGGUUGGUCAAAGUUUUCGAAAGGUCGUUCUGACGUGACCUGUAAUGGGAUGUCAUCAGAUCUUUGUGUGGCAGUAGCGAGCACGGAGAUAUUAUUUUAAUGAGAUUGCUUAUCCAUCUGCACCAUCACCCAUCUGUUCCAUCGCUGACCCUGCCUUUGAAUGAGUGUGACAAUGUAGAGGUAAAUGUGACACACUUAUACAAUCAUGUACGGGGCGUGAUGACCAUUACACCGAAAUGAUGUAUUCUUGAAAUACUCAAGAAACAUCUCGCAUUGCAAACAUUAAAUUUCUAAAAAUAAUCUGAUCUCUUGGUGUUACUCUCGAAGUAUAAUAAUAGGCUGCUUGGUCGUAGCCAACUUCUUUGCAAGCCAGUGAUUAUUUUGACUGGUGUAACACAACAUGUUUUGAGCCCUCAUUCCCCUGCCAUGUGUUCUCAUUAUUUACUAUUCACACAAUUAGAAAACUCUUUGGGAAUUAUUCUGAUUAAUACAUAAACCCGUCUUAAAUUCCUUGUUAGAGGACAUGAUACCCGUCAUAGUGGAGCCUUUAGAAAAAUGUUAACCUAUCAAAAGGAUACCACAUCAUAUGUUGAAGAUCACUUUGAACUUUGGAGAGAUGAGUGUAUGACAAAUAACAGCAAAGAGUUAAGAUUCAUUUUCAUUGGAAAUUAUUUUGCAGUUUUUGUCUGAACAACGCAUGCUUAGUACUGUUGCACAAGAUGUUAGAGAGGUUCAGGAAAAUCCCUGCUGAUGGAAAUGAGAAGGAUGUUAUCAAGUAUCAUUUCAGAGGUACCGUAUUCGACGUAAUAAGCGCCCCGUCUUAAUAAGCGCCCACAGCGAUAUUUGCUGAUAUAUUGGCUAGUGAACAAUCCCAGUUAACAUCCCUUCCAAUUGAUCAUUGUACACAA